AUGAGGUCAAACUUGAAGCAACAGGUGUUGCAGAAUCUUUCUGAAGAUGAGCAUUACCUAAAGGCUAAGCAAGCCUUGGGAGUAGAUCCUUCAGAUCACCGAUUUGAUGGAUAUAAGGUGGAACCUGAUGGUAUUUUGAGAUUCCAAAGAAGGAUGUAUAUUCCUGAAGGUGGAGACUUAAGAAAGUUGAUAUUGCAUGAGUGUUUGGAAUGUCAGCGACUGAAAGUUGAGCAUGUUCAUCCAGCAGGACUUUUGUAUCAACAUCACAUACCUGAGCAUAAGUGGCAAGUAAUCAAUAUGGAUUUUAUCCAGGGAUUACCUUUGAGUAAGAACAAACAUGAUACCAUCUUGGUAGUUGUCGAUAAGUUGAGCAAAGUUGCACAUUUUGUACCUGAAAAAGCUUAA